UCCAGGCCUCUCAUAGACGAGGCAUCUUGACUCCUCAUGCCACCAGCUGUACUUGUGGGGCAUGCUGUGAUGAUCAGUCAGCUAUGGGACCUGUCCGGUUUUUCACACCAUACAAGAGACGGAGACGAAAUAAUCAAGACAGUGAAGAAAAGAAGUCUAAAGUAAAACGAGAGACUUCACUGGGAGAAGGAGAAGUGGAUAAUAUCCAUCAAAGUAGUAACAAUAGUAAUAACUCAAAGGAGGCCUGGCAGACCAUAGCCGAGGGCUUGGACUCUAAUACUGACUACACUUUGUUGGACAAUCCGGACCCUCCUGCUGAAACUGUACCAGGGCUUCCCGAUAUGAGUGGCGUCCUCAAACGGCUGGACGACAUCGGUCAAUCCCUAGUACGGUUAGCGUCCGAACUCAAACAGUGCGUGGAGGACGUACGGGUCGUGAGUGCGCGGCAGCUGGAGCGUCUCGAGCAGGAGCGAGCCACCGCGCUGCUGGCGGCGAGUGUGGACGCCCACGUCGACGCGGACCAGGUCACGCUGCAGGCCGUGGACGAGACCGAAGCGAAAAAGUGCGCGAAUUGCAACCGCGAGGCAUCGGCUGAGUGUUCCCUGUGUCGGCGCACGCUGUACUGCUCCACGUACUGCCAGAAGAAGGACUGGGCGGCGCACCAGAUCGAGUGCUUGCGCACCGUGCCCGCCAUCCACGGCGAGGCGCCGCAGCACCAGUCCAUCAUGCUGAUCGUCGAGAGCCAACACCAAUAGCUCGGGAUUUACCAUCUUUGACCGUUUUCCAUCAAGCCUACCGUCAGGCGUACCAUCAGACGUACCGUCAGACGUACCGUCAAACGUACCAUCAGACCUACCAUAAAGCCUACCAUCAAGACUCAUCGAGACUACUAUCAAGCCUUGGCUUUGCUGCGGUGAAGACACUCUCAAUACCUCUUGUUGCAAUAUUUCUUAUUAUUUAUAAGCUAGGUUAAGAUGUAUUAGGAUAAUUUGAUGUUUUGUGUUAAGUACAGUUCCCGAGUCAGACUUGAAACUUUGACGCGGGAUUUGUACCACAGGCUUAGGAUAAGAGCCGCGGCGCGGCUGGCUCGGUGCGAGGGCAUCUCUCCAGCCCAGAGCCGGCGACGCCGCGAGGUACCUUCGCGCAUCUAGCGAGAAGAGAGUUACUGCAGCCAUCUCUUGGCUUCAUUACUCUGUAGUCAUAUAAAAUUUGUAUGUUCAAUGUUUUUAAAUAUAUCUGUGAAAUAUUUACAUGGCAUAUUUUCUUGAUCAUUGUAAGUUGUUGUUGGUGUCAUAAAAGAUAAUGUUGUAACUGAUCUGUUUACUUUCCCCGCGCUCAUGCUCGCGGGCCAGCACAGCGCACAGCCGCGCACACGCCUCUCGUCUCGAGGGCGCGUGCGCGGCUGCGUCACUAUGGAUACCCUGCGCAACAACUUGCGUCUAGUCUGAACAUCGGAUACUCGGUUUGAGCGCGUGUUUGAUAAAAACUGGACUCUGAUCAGGCAUCGGAGAUAGGUUUUGUAUCCUACCACCAUUAUAUGUGCAUGUUCCGGAUUCUCAGGGAGUCGUGGAGGGAUGACGAACGUGCAGAUAUAAUCCACCUUAGCUACCAAGCGCGUCGUCCUCGAGUUACUACUAUCGGGUCCUAGAGAAUUAGUUUGGAAUGGUUUCUCAGGACUCAACUCCCAGUCGAGCUGGAUCUCAGUGCUGGGCUGGGAGUUGUGUUUUGUUUGAGAUGGUAGUCUUCGCUCCGUCGUGAGUCCUGAAGCUUGCAGGCUUCGUAAUAGUAAACGGAUUUAUAGUGAUCACGCGUGGUGGGGUGGACGAGAGUCUGCCACGGUGAAUACUAUAUUGCUGUUAGGGCGAGUCCCCUUGCUCAGCCUUCGUAAGCACACGUCACGGUUGUCCAGGCCACGGGGCACUCGUGACGUGUGCAGUCGCUGUGUAUUGCGAGUAGAUCGUUGAUCCAACUCGUAGUAUUUCGCUGGAAGACAAGCCGCUCGUGUUGUCGGCGGCAGUCUCGACAGAUGCGGCGAAUGUGUACAUGAGCAGCACCUUCCUCGUAUAAGUCGGGUUUGUCGCCAGACUACUAGGCUGGGUUGUCUGCCUUAGCUGGGGCAAGCCAAGUAUUCCUUAGGGUACAAGUUCAGAGAUUCAUGACAAGGGGGCAAGUGGCGGGAAGAGGGAUUGCGAUGUAGGAUUUUGGCUCCAUCCUGUGGGAAGCUCUGAUAGAUACGGAAGAGCAACGAAUACCUUCGUUGGAUCAGUUUUAAAGGGAUAGGAAACUGAUGCCUCUUCCGUAGGACUGUGGCUGGCGGCGGUCUCGGCACCACCGUUAGCUUCAGGGGUGAGUUAGGUGGGUCUGGUAGUGGGGACUCGAUAAACGUUUUAUCGACGCGCAUUGGUGGGUGGCUAAGACAUAUCACCAUUUCGUUGGCGCUGUAUUGGGCGCUAUUAUGGUGAAAUGUAUCAGCCAGGAAGGAGGAUACAUUUAUUUAUCAUUAGACCGGUGUCUGGAACACACAGACACGCUCCGUGGCAUUGCAAUUUCCCGCAAUGUCACGGAGCGCGUCUCGUGUGGCACCGGUAUAAUGAUAACCAAAUGAUGUAAUGUUUUGGUUCUUUUGGGUUUUCUGAGUUCCAACAUUAUUUUUUUCUUAGAUUGUAAUGUGUGUUAGUUUUAAGUGUAAUUUUAAGAUUAGACGUAAGAGUAGGCCCCAUUAUAAAUAACUAAACCAGAGAGGCCGAUAGGAAUAUAAUGUUGUCUUUGACAAACAUUUAUUGCUACCAGAGUCUUUGGGAGUAAGUUAUUAAUAAUGUUCGUUAGCCGAUAUGUCGCAAUUGAGUGGGGUUAUAAGCCCAGCGUUGGAAUCGGGUCGUAAGGGGGUUUUCAAUAGCUCUCAAGACAUGGGCAAGUACACACCAUGUUUUUGGAGUUGUGAAAAUUCAAGUUUUCGUUAGGAACCGAUUCCAUCGCUGGCGCUGACUCCCUCCUUGCGACAUGUGGGCGCGACGCGGAGUGUGAGGGCGCUCGUGAUGCAGGCAGUACCAGGCGGUUGAGAGAGAUACUGUAUUGUUGCAUGUUCGGGAACGGUUUACAAAGUUGGUUUAGCAGUCGUGGGAGGUAAUUUGAUAAACCGCGUUCGUGUAGUAUGUCAGUUGACUUUUGGUCGUUCUGAACUUAUUGUUUGCAUCGCCAGCGCCCGUUUAGGAUUCCUUCAUACUAGUGUUUCUCUAGCGUAAGCGUUCAAUGAGCUUCUGCGGCGUAGUUGGUGUUGUUGUGACUGCGCUGCUUUUAUGCUUAUUGAAUAGCUACGCUGGAGAAACACUAGUGUGAUGGCGCCCUUAUGGGUGUUCUGUACACACCCAAUCUCGAUAACCCUGUCCCAUCAAAAUCUAUGAUUUUUGUGAUAGGAUCAUAGACUUGUAUGGCGGAACGUGAUCAAGGUUAAGUGAAUACAUAGCACCCACGUGUUCGUGUCUUCGUCGUAUGCUUAUUAAUCAACUAGUCUAUAAAUGUUGUGUCACUUUUCGCCUACUUUUUAAUACUGUAUGUCCAUAAUCCAUUCCCUAGUAUAAUAAUAAUAGCUUUUUUAAGAGGCAGGAGUCUAUUUGAGGACAUUUACUUCUUUUUACUCGGUGUUGCCUAGUUAUAAUUGGUGUCUAGUAUAUAAGUCUAAUGCUUACACUAUUUUUACAAGUUAACCCUUUUACUCACCUGUUCUAUUCUGAUUUUCGAGAGGGCCACUAAACCUAGGUCUCUCUCAAGGCGAUGGCCCUUCCGUUCUCAUCCUUUGUCCAUCCCUACUUCCUUUCUUUCAUAAAUUUUUCAUCCUUCUUCCUUCCCGUUCCUACUCUGUUCCCUACCUUUCCUUAGUUCAACCUUUUUCAUUCUUCAUGUAACCUCUCCUUUUACAAUAUUUUCCUUCCUUCUUCACAUGAGCACUCCCAACACUUUCGAGCGCACCUUAACUACCUUUCCUUUGUCCCCGAUUUCCUUAUCUAAAUUUGAAUCCUUUCAUUUUUUCCUAAAUUUCCCUGUCAUAUUUAAUGCUCCAUCCAGGAAUCUAUUAUCACGAAAUUCAAAAUUGUCCUUCUGUCGUCAUUACCUUGAAGCAGCUCAUCCAUAACAUCCAUUUCUGUGCUGCAAACUUCAUGUCUUCCUGUUUCUCUCGGUUUUCAUCCAGCUCGACGUCACCCCACCCUUACACUGAACGCUCAAUUUCAUUUUAGAUUCAUGCCUUUUAUUAAAGUCCAUAGCAAUAAAUAUGUAUUACACUGUAAUCCAUCUACUAUAGACUAAGUUUAUUUAUUAAGCUAGUGUAAAUGAGUGUUGUGUGUUGUAAUUUUCGUUCGAUUUUGAUGUGCUAUUGUUUUGAUGUUAUAUCAGUUGUUAUUCAAGUUACUUAAUAGUUUAAUAGUUACCAAUUACGAGAGAAGUUAGUUAAAAUCUGUGUUACCAAAUAUAAUUUUAUCAAUUAGUUUUACUUAAGUGAACUUGUGAAUGAGUUAUUCUUUAAAAUUAAUUGAUGGUUGCGUUUUAUUUGUUUAUUUGCAACAGGUUGUAAUAUGUUUAGUACUGGUAUUUUUUAGGACUUUUUAUACAUGAUACGGACAGCGACAGAGAUCUUCAUUGAGACUUUAUAGAGCAGGGGGGGGAGGGGUGGGUAGUGUCUCGACCAUCUGGACACAUGAACUUUCUGUAUCUGUCCGUAGACUGCACUAAUCUAGACUUAACAUCUGUCUGUCCGGUUGUUGUACCUUUAUUUCCUAUACUUAUGUGCGUUUUAGUUCUGCUACAUCUUCUAUUUGUUGGUUAGAAUAAGUUGAAAGUAUUAUCAUUAACUUUUAUUCAAAGUUUGUCUCUCUCUCGAUUGGACUUCUAAAUCUUCCUUGAUCUACUGCACUCCACUCCACGUCCACUGCACUUCCUUUCCAUUUCGUCUUCUUAUCCCAUUACUUAUAUUCUUGUCAUUUCUCCUUCCCAAUCCACUCAUUCUCCUUUCCGUGUUCUCCUUUAUUUCCUAUUCUCAUCUUCUUUCAUCCUUCCUUCCUCUUACUUUGAUUUCCGUCAAUUUCCGUAUCUUCUUUUCCUUUCACCCUUCCUUUAAACUUGCCUUUCGUCCAUCCUUUUUCUUCCUUUCAUUCUUUCCCUUGUACUUUCUACUCCACACAGCCUCAUCCUCCCUCCCUCUUUCUUUUCUCUCCUAUCCUCUCCUCUUCAUAUUUAAUCAUUCCCUUUCAAAAAUCUUUGUCUGUAACUUUAACCUGUCUGGUAUUAUCAUAAUUUGUCCCAAGUCCCACUUCCUGAUUCCUGAUUCCAAGUUAACCCGUUUCCUUUUCAUUUCCCCCUUUAAGUUUGGAUUAUCGUUACCUUGAUGUAACUUAUAAAAUCCAAACUGUUAAAAAGGGAACCAUCUUUUCGAAUUCUGGUCUUCUUUCCUGAUGGAAAUGAAACGCAGCCUUCUCCAAAAACGGAUUAAAAAAAAUGGUACAAAGUGUAUCAAUAAGUACAGCUGCUAUAUCAGCGCCUGGUAUGAGAAUCCUAUUAAAAUGAUCUUGAUGAGGUAUGCAAGGAGAUAGUGGCUUACAUUGUCGGUACGGUCGGUCGGUCCGCAUGACGAACGAGGUGCCUCGAGGCGAGUAAAGCUGACAUAAACACAAAUGUUUAUUGGUGUGUACAAAGUGCAGAUCAUGUGGCUCUUCUAAAACGUACAUAUUGUAGACGUAAUUAAAUUAUUUUAUUUAAUAUUUUAAUAAUUACCUCAUGAGGUAAAAUUUUGAAGUAAGGUUAUUUGUAUCUGCAUAAUAUGAAAUGAUUGUUUUUAUUAUAUGACUUUAAAUGUGAUGACUGUUUUUUUAUUACUUUCUGUCCUUAAUCCUUAUUUUAUUUAUUUAAUUAUUUAAAAUAAAAAAGCUGUGCACGGACGGAUACGGAGUGGCGGACUAUUGCGCACUAGAAAUAUUAAAUAUGUGUUACUCACUGCUACGACUUAAACCCAAAUUGACACUCGAAAUAACACUAAUUAUCAAAUGUCUACAACACUAGGUCGUCCUAGUUACCACAUGAAACUCUACAAACAAAUUGACCCUGAAAGUAAAAUUUUAGUUCUACUAACUUUCCGGCCAAUAUCGGGAUCAGAGAGUAACAGCUGCAGCCAUCUCUCAUCUUUCCGUUCAUAUGAUCUUCGUUAAUUUUAUGUUUUUACAAAUUAUGUUUGGUGUGUAUUACAUAAAAGAUAAUGUUGUAACUGAUCUGUUUACUUUCCCCGCGCUCAUGCUCGCGGGCCAGCACAGCGCACAGCCGCGCACACGCCACUCGUCUCGAGGGCGCGUGCGCGGCUGCGUCACUAUGGAUACCCUGCGCAACAACUUGCGUCUAGUCUGAACAUCGGCCAAUCGGGUUGAGCGCGUGUUUGAUAAAAACUGGACUCUGAUCAGGCAUCGGAGAUAGGUUUUGUAUCCUACCACCAUUAUAUGUGCAUGUUCCGGAUUCUCAGGGAGUCGUGGAGGGAUGACGAACGUGCAGAUAUAAUCCACCUUAGCUACCAAGCGCGUCGUCCUCGAGUUACUACUAUCGGGUCCUAGAGAAUUAGUUUGGAAUGGUUUCUCAGGGCACAACUCCCAGUCGAGCUGGAUCUCAGUGCUGGGCUGGGAGUUGUGUUUUGUUUGAGAUGGUAGUCUUCGCUCCGUCGUGAGUCCUGAAGCUUGCAGGCUUCGUAAUAGUAAACGGAUUUAUAGUGAUCACGCGUGGCGGGGUGGACGAGAGUCUGCCACGGUGAAUACUAUAUUGCUGUUAGGGCGAGUCCCCUUGCUCAGCCUUCGUACGCACACGUCACGGUUGUCCAGGCCACGGGGCACUCGUGACGUAUGCAGUCGCUGUGUAUUGCGAGUAGAUCGUUGAUCCAACUCGUAGUAUUUCGCUGGAAGACAAGCCGCUCGUGUUGUCGGCGGCAGUCUCGACAGAUGCGGCGAAUGUGUACAUGAGCAGCACCUUCCUCGUAUAAGUCGGGUCUGUCGCCAGACUACUAGGCUGGGUUGUCUGCCUUAGCUGGGGCAAGCCAAGUAUUCCUUAGGGUACAAGUUCAGAGAUUCAUGACAAGGGGGCAAGUGGCGGGAAGAGGGAUUGCGAUGUAGGUUUCUGGCUCCAUCCGGUGGGAAGCUCUGAUAGAUACGGAAGAGCAACGAAUACCUUCGUUGGAUCAGUUUUAAAGGGAUAGGAAACUGAUGCCUCUUCCGUAGGACUGUGGCUGGCGGCGGUCUCGGCACCACCGUUAGCUUCAGGGGUGAGUUAGGUGGGUCUGGUAGUGGGGACUUGAUAAGCGUUUUAUCGACGCGCAUUGGUGGGUGGCUAAGACAUAUCACCAUUUCGAUGGCGCUGUAUUGGGCGCUAUUAUGGUGAAAUGUGUCAGCCAGGAAGGAGGAUACAUUUAUUUAUCAUUAGACCGGUGUCUGGAACACACACAGACACACGCUCCGUGACAUUGCAAUUUCCCGCAAUGUCACGGAGCGCGUCUCGUGUGGCACCGGUAUAAUGAUAACCAAAUGAUGUAAUGUUUUGGUUCUAUUGGGUUUUCUGGGUUCCAACAUUAUUUUUUUUCUUAGAUUGUAAUGUGUGUUAGUUUUAAGUGUAAUUUUAAGAUUAGACAUAAGAAUACCGCCCAUUAUAAAUAACUAAACCAGAGAGGCCGAUAGGAAUAUAAUGUUGUCUUUGACAAACAUUUAUUGCUACCAGAGUCUUUGGGAGUAAGUUAUUAAUAAUGUUCGUUAGCCGAUAUGUCGCAAUUGAGUGGGGUUAUAAGCCCAGCGUUGGAAUCGUGUCGUAAGGGCGUUUUCAAUAGCUCUCAAGACAUGGGAAGGAACACACCAAGUUUUGGGACUUUUGAAAACACACGAAGGCACUUACGAACCGAUUCCGUCGCUGGCGACGUCCCGCUCUCUGCGACAUGUGGGCGCGAUGCGGAGUGAUAAAAACUGGACUCUGAUCAGGCAUCGGAGAUAGGUUUUGUAUCCUACCACCAUUAUAUGUGCAUGUUCCGGAUUCUCAGGGAGUCGUGGAGGGAUGACGAACGUGCAGAUAUAAUCCACCUUAGCUACCAAGCGCAUCGUCCUCGAGUUACUACUAUCGGGUCCUAGAGAAUUAGUUUGGAAUGGUUUCUCAGGGCACAACUCCCAGUCGAGCUGGAUCUCAGUGCUGGGCUGGGAGUUGUGUUUUGUUUGAGAUGGUAGUCUUCGCUCCGUCGUGAGUCCUGAAGCUUGCAGGCUUCGUAAUAGUAAACGGAUUUAUAGUGAUCACGCGUGGCGGGGUGGACGAGAGUCUGCCACGGUGAAUACUAUAUUGCUGUUAGGGCGAGUCCCCUUGCUCAGCCUUCGUACGCACACGUCACGGUUGUCCAGGCCACGGGGCACUCGUGACGUAUGCAGUCGCUGUGUAUUGCGAGUAGAUCGUUGAUCCAACUCGUAGUAUUUCGCUGGAAGACAAGCCGCUCGUGUUGUCGGCGGCAGUCUCGACAGAUGCGGCGAAUGUGUACAUGAUCAGCACCUUCCUCGUAUAAGUCGGGUUUGUCGCCAGACUACUAGGCUGGGUUGUCUGCCUUAGCUGGGGCAAGCCAAGUAUUCCUUAGGGUACAAGUUCAGAGAUUCAUGACAAGGGGGCAAGUGGCGGGAAGAGGGAUUGCGAUGUAGGAUUCUGGCUCCAUCCGGUGGGAAGCUCUGAUAGAUACGGAAGAGCAACGAAUACCUUCGUUGGAUCAGUUUUAAAGGGAUAGGAAACUGAUGCCUCUUCCGUAGGACUGUGGCUGGCGGUCUCGGCACCACCGUUAGCUUCAGGGGUGAGUUAGGUGGGUCUGGUAGUGGGGACUCGAUAAGCGAAGCGCAUUGGUAGGUGGUUAAAACAUAUCACCAUUUCGUUGGCACUAUAUGGGGCGCCAUUAUGGUGAUAUGUUUCAGCCAGGAAGGAGGAUACAUUUAUUUAUCAUGACACCGGUGCCACACACACAAACUCGCUCCGUGAUAUUGCAAUAUAAGUGUAUAUUGCAAUAUCACGGAGCGGGUCUGUGUGUGGUACCGGUGUAAUGAUAAAGAUUAGGCUUAAUAUGUGUUAGUUUUAGGCGUAAUUUUAAGAUUAGUUAUAAGAGUAGGCCCCGUUAUAAAUAACUGAACCGAAGCCGCUGCUAGCAAUAUCAUUUUGAUAAAAGUCAUAAUGAUAUUGCGAGCAGAAGUCAUUUGGGAGUAAGUUAUUGAUAAUGUUCGUAAGCCAGCAUGUUGUUGGCUUGUCAUCCCAGCGAUUGACUCGGGGCGUAAGGGCAUUUUCAACAGCUUCAAGACAUGGAUCAGAACACAUGUUUUGGGGCUUUUGAAAAUACACGAAGGCCCUUAGGUACCGAGUCCAUCGCCGGCGCUGACCCCAGCGACAUGUUGGCGCGACGCGGAGUGUGAGGGCGCUCGUGAUGCAGGCAGUACCCAGGCGGUUGAGAGAGAUACUGUAUUGUUGCAUGUUCGGGAACGGUUUACAAACUUUUUUUAGCAGUCGUGGGAGGCAAUUUGAUAAACCGCGUUCGUGUAGUAUGUCAGUUGACUUUUGGUCGUUCUGAACUUACUGUCGGCAUUGCCAGUGCCUAUUUAGGGCGCCUUCAUACUAGUCUUUCCUCACGCGAAAACGUUUAAUGAGCUCCUGCGGCGUAGUUGGUGUCGUUAAGACUGCGCUGCUUUUAUGCUCAUUGGAUGCCGUCGCUGGAGAAACACUAGUGUGAAGGCGUUAUGGCGCCCUGUAUACACUCAAUCUCGAUCAUGAUCUGCGAAAUAGACCCGUGAUUGCGAUCCGGAUGACUUCCACAAUAGUGGAUGAUAUCUGGAUCGCAAUCACGGAGUUUGAUCGCGGAUCAUGAUUGAGAUUGAGUGUAUACGGGGCGCCAACCUGUUAGAGUAAUUGUUGUCUAUGUAAUCAGCUAGUGUAUAAUAAAUGUUGUGUCACUUCUUCUUCUGUAGUCAUUUUUUAAGAGGCAGGAGUCUAUGUAAACUUUCCUAGUUAUAAGUGGUGUUUAGUGUGUAAAUCGACUGCCUGAACUGUAUUAAAAAAAAUUCAAUGU